AUGACUGACAAAGGAAUGAGUACAACAAAACUGACAGAGUUUGUGGACCUGUUCCCGACUCUUGUAGAAGCAGCAGGUCUUCCCAAACUAUCAACAUGUCAACUGGACUCGUCCUCAAGUCACCUCUGCACAGAAGGAACCAGUCUAGUUCCUCUGUUGAAGCAGCCAAGUCUGACCACAUGGAAGAACGCAGCCUUCUCUCAGUACCCGAGAAGGUAUAGUCACAAGCCAGUCAUGGGCUACACAAUCACCACGGACAGGUAUCGCUACACUGAAUGGGUUACUUUCCUCAGUAAGCCGGAUUACAGGCCUCAGUGGGACCAGCUUCAUGGAGUGGAGCUGUACGACCAUCUGAACGAUCCUCAGGAGAAUCACAACAUCGCGAGACAUGCUUCCCAGCAAGGACUUCGCGGCCAGUUGAGGAAACAGCUCCGUGCUGGGUGGAGAGCCCAGAUGGCGGGAAGUAAUGGCGGUGUCAUCAUCGGUUGA